CCCAGCAGUGCACCCACCUGUGCCACUCUGCAGUGCCACCUACCUGUGCCCAGAAGUGCCACCUACAUGUGCCCAGCAGUGCCACCCACCUGUGCCACCCACCAGUGCAGCCCAGCAGUGCUGCCAGUCAGUGCCACCAUCAGUGCCACCAGUCAGUGCCCAGCAGUGAUGCCAGUCAGUGCCGUCUAUCAGUACCCAUCAUCAGUGUCACCUAUCAGUGCUGCAUAUUAGUGCCGUCUAUCCGUGACACCUCAUUAGUGCUGCCUAUCAGUGCCGCCUAUCCGCGCCACCUCAUUAGUACUACCUAUCAGUGCCCUUUAGUGCUGCCUAUCAGUGCCCAUCAGUG